AUGGAGGAGCUGCGCCUGCCCGCCGCUCUCAGCCCCAGCAGCUUCCCGGCCAAGCUGUGGCUGCGGCUCUUCGAGCGGGAGCUGCUGGGUGCCGGGCUGGGCCGUGCCACGGGGCUGCCCGGCGAUGGGGAGGAGGCAGCAACCGCCCACCUCUUCGAGAUCAGGAACACCUUUGCCAGCUUCACCCGAGAGCUCAACCUCUACGGCUUCCACAAGGUGGAGACGGGGCCUGAGCUGGGCCGUGGCGAUGGCCAUGGAGGUGGCGAUGCCGCCGGGCCCCUGCACCACUUCCGCAGCCCCCACUUUUGGCGCGACCGCCCCGACCUCCUCGUCCACCUGAAGCACCUGUCGAGGGAAGACAAGGCGAAGCUGGUGGCCGGCCGGGAGGUGACCAGCCGCCCACCCAGCCGCUGCCAGCAGCUGCUCG